AUGAAGCGACGACAGUAUCGAGGACGAGGAGGACGAGUACAUGCGGAUGCACAUGCGGGCCCAUCUGAACCAGUCCAAGUGCAGCCGCCUCCGCAAGCAUAUAUCCGCGCAUACGAGGCCCAACUAGUUGACAAGACCGGCCCCGCAUUGAUACCAUGGGCAGGCGACGAGAGUGUCCUGGCUGACCGCCACAACAUCCUCCACCUCCUUCCUGACAUCCCCUCUCCCCUUUCCUCUCUCGGCAGCAGCUCGGGCUCCAUCUCAAGCUCAUGGACGGUCUCUUCCGACGCCGAGGAAGAAUUCGAUCUCUCAGGUGACGAAGUUGCAGCAUACGCUCGUACCCGGCGCCAGAAAUGGGUCGACGGGCUCCGGGCCACCCGACUGGCCGAACGAGAACGCCAAGACGCAGAUGAGGCUGAGCGGGUCCUGCAAGCGGAGGAGGCCGAGCGGGACGAAUCUCCACCUCCUGACGUUGCGCAGCUCAUGGCACAUACUGCUCGCAGUCUAGCAGCUUCACCCAACGCCACAAUACUCGUGUCCAAGAUUAUGGCGAGGCACGCAACCGCCUAG